AUGAACGGUUUUCGUUCCCUAGGUGAUGAAGAGGAGGUCGAAUUCGAAUGUCAAAUAUCAGACAAAGGAUUGGAAGCUACAAAAGUCACAGGACCACAAAAUGUAGAUUGUAGAGGCUCUCACAGAAGACCUGUGUCGAAAAAACGGUUUAGAAAAAUAAGAUGUUAUAAUUGUGGAGAAUUUGCCAAUCACAUUGCAGCCAAAUGUCAACUAGGUCCACAGCCAAAGCGUUGUCACAACUGCAAGAGCGAAGACCAUCUUAUUGCCGAUUGCCCGACGAAGGUGGAACGGCCGUCUAAAUCAGGGGGCGGUGCCGAUGGUGACGCGUCUGGUGGCGAACAAAACGGAAAUGGAACUUCACCGCCUGCGUCAAGCUCGAACGAUGGUAGUGGCGCCAUCUCCGAGCCGCCAGCUAAAGCCAAGCAAGGAAAGGAGUAG